ACCUUACACAUUAGGCACAAACUUUGUUAUACUUACAGUUUAUUUUAAAUGAUUGCAGAUUCGCCUUUUGAAAGGAUAUUGUAAACAUCUGAACUUUUAUAUCAGUCAAACUUUGCUGGUCGUGAAAAUUGAUAUCCGUUUUACUUGUGGUUUAAUUGAUGAAAAAAAAACAAAAACAACACGUACACAAACUUAAAUUUUGCAUGGAAUAAACACUGGAUUAUAAGAUUGGUCUAGAUUUCUGCGAGGAUUAAGAUGGGUUUACUUAAUCAUAUUUGGACAUUAAAGCCAAUAUUGGUGACAAUUAUAGCGUUUAUUGCGCCAAUAGUUCUUCUUGUGGAUUACUCUGAAGAUUUUGAAGUGCAAUCAAAAUGUGCCUACGUAAUUGUCGUCAUGGCGAUACUGUGGCUCACCGAGGCAAUUCCUAUACCAGUAACAUCUUUGAUGCCGAUCUUUCUGUUUCCGUUGCUUGGGGUUGCAAAGGCCAAGGACAUAAGCUCGGCAUACGUCACGGAUACAACUAUGUUGUUUUUUGGCGGCCUGAUCAUUGCAGUGGCUCUAGAAGAGACGGGAUUACACACUCGCAUAUCUUUGUGUGUGAUGAUGCUCGUCGGAGCGCAACCUAUAUUUCUGAUGGCGGGUUUGAUGGUGACCACGUGGUUCCUGUCAAUGUGGAUCAGUAAUACAGCAGCGACCUCUAUGAUGAUUCCUAUAAUUACGGCUGUGAUAAAAACCGUAAGCGAAGUACGGACAAAAACGUUAUACACGGCAGAUAAUCCAGCAUUUAAAGAUGACGAUUCUGAAAAUGGUGUCCCAAAAGACAAAAUUGAUGUCAGCAGUAACGGCGACGUGAUGCCAGAAUCAGAAAGUAAUAAAAACUCAUACAAAGUAAGUGAUAAAGACAUAGAGGCAGAGCUUCCUGAAGAGAUGGACGAUGAAAUGAAAAGAUAUGCUAAAGCAUUCGCUCUUUGUGUUGCUUACGGCGCUAAUAUUGGAGGUAUUGCCACACUGACUGGAACACCACCAAAUCUUGUCUUGAAGGAGAACGCCGAUGAACUAUACUCGGAAGCAGGAUAUAAAGGAGAAUCCGAAAUAUCUUUUGCAAAAUGGAUGGGCUUUGCAUUUCCCUUAUCUCUGUUGACGGCAGUGAUUGGUUGGUUGUGGCUUAUUUUAUGCUUUAUUCGAUGCGGAUGUUGUAAAAAGAUGGACCCUGAACAGAAGAAGGCUGUGAACGCCACCAUUAGAGCUCAGUUUAAAAGCCUUGGUUUCUUGACUCUGGCCGAGCUCCAAGUUUUGAUUGUCUUCAUUAUUCUGGUGAUCUUAUGGUUGUUUCGUAAUCCACCUAACAUUGACGGAUGGGGUGAUAUCAGCGCAUUUAAACCCGGAUAUGUGUCAGACUCGACUCCGUGCAUGCUCUUAAGUGUUCUGUUGUUUCUAUUACCAAGGGAAGUUCCACAAAUAUUCUGUUUAUUAAAAGAAGGACUCCCUUCCUAUAAACCGAUAUUGACAUGGCAAGCAGUUAGUGCUAAAUUACCAUGGGGAGUCAUCAUUCUACUUGGUGGAGGUUUUGCAAUUGCCAAAGCCAGUAAAGAUUCGGGAUUAUCUUUAUGGCUGGGUAAUCAACUUUCUACAUUCGACAACUUAGAUAAUUGGGUUCUGAACUUGCUAGUAUGUGUGAUAGUCGCCGGUGCAACCGAAGUUACAAGUAACACUGCCACCGCUACACUUUUGAUGCCUAUAUUGGCAGAACUGGGUAUUGCCACAGAAAUUCAUCCACUUUACCUGAUGAUGUCUGCAACUGUUGCUUGUUCAUUUGCCUUUAUGUUACCUGUUGCUACUCCACCAAACGCCAUUGUGUUCUCUACUGGUUACCUUACAAUACCAGACAUGGCUUUGGCAGGUCUGCCGAUGAAUAUAAUAGCCGUUUUGUGUCUUACAUUUGCUAUCAACACGUGGGGUAAAUCCAUGUACGAUUUGGAUGAAUUUCCGGAAAUUUUCCUCAACCAGACAGCUUCUACUUAACUAUAGUUAAACCAGACAGCUUCUACCUAACUUUGGUUAAAAGGCAGUCAAGAUACUCUGUUUUCGUUUUAUUUGCCUGUGUCUAUCCCCGGGUACUAUUAUAUUAUUGUAAAUGAUUACGGACAGAAAAUGAUGUAAAACGCAAGGCAACACCUCAUUAACAUUACAGAAUAGACCUUCGCUUUCCUACGCCGUGCCGAACUACAUAGGAUAGAACUUGUAAUAAAUUAACACAUAUAAAACCACUCCAUUGUUCAUUUUAUAAAGUUGCUACAUUUAAAAGACAAUUAAAAACACUGUGUAAUAAAAUGUUCUACGUAUAUUUUUUACAUAAAAGUUAACCGAAAUAAACGAGAUUGAAAAAGUGAUAUUACAAUAGCCUUAAAAAUAUAACGUAUCUUUUUUUUUUUAAAAUAGCUUAUUACACUUUGUUUUAAUAACGUAGUAAAUUGUCCUUUCAUCUUCAUUAGAUCUAGAGAUACUAAUAUUUUUAUGAAGUGUUAUCAGUUUUCGGUAAAAGAAAAUUAAUUCUUAUGACUGUAUCCAUCUAAUUCCAUUAUAUAUCAUUAUUUUUUAUAUUAAAAUGUAUCAGUUUGCUACGAAAUCCAUUCAAUGGUCGACAUGACCUAGCUUUGUAACAUUUAUAAAACAAUGCAAUGUUUUUCUCGUAUGACUAGACAAUUGAAUAAAACAUGCGUGUCCUCCUGCUGUUGGCUUAGGCUAUCUUCAAUCUUUAAUGUAUUUUCUGUUGAGAAAUGUUAAAAAAACUUUAACAAAGAAUUAAAAUCAACCAAUUUAGAAACUACAGAUCACCGAUAAAGUGAUUACAAAGAUCUACAUUAAAAAAUCAUAUACUAGCAGAUGUGAGAUUUUAAUUAUCUUAUAUUAAAAACAUUAUUAUCUAGAACAUAUCUAAUAAUGGUAUUUCCUAAAUUAUUUGUAUAUUUAUAUCUUAACACAACUAUUUUUGUUUUGUUUAAAAUGAUAUUGUCCAAGUAUAAGAAUCAAUAUUACAAAAAGAAAACAAGA